CAGCUAUUAGGAGGAAUAAAAAAAGAGAUGCCUCAAACACUAUGAGCACAGUGAACCUUCCACUUUUUAAAGAACCAGAUUCUAUGUUAGUUAUAGCUAAAUGCCCUCUUCCUGAACUAUAUUUAAUACAAGUAUUCGUCAAUCAUGUCUUUUGGAAGGGAGUUUUGCCACUUUUAGGCAGAAAAAAAGCCAUGCUAUGGCUCUUAAAGUUGAAACUGAUUUCAAAAAGUUACCAGAGUGAGGUUUUUGAAAGCAAUGCAUGUUGUAAGCUAUUUCAACACACAAAUAAACUUCUUGAAACUGAUGUCCUUGAUAAAGUUGGCCCGUUAUUGUUUUUGCCUUUAGUUUCAUUGCUAAAAGCAAUGGCCAAUGUUGUCAAACUGGAAAGAAUUUAUUCACAAAUAAUCUCAUUACCUGCAAGUUUUGAAAACAAUGUUUCAAGCAACAGAUUUAUCUGAAACUCUAAAAAUGCACAUAAUUCUUGAACGAAUUGAACAAUGCCUUUGUGAACUAAAAUCAUAUCAUGGACUAGGAUUUGUAUCUGAACAAGCCGGAGAGUCAAUUAAUUGGGAAUUUUUAAAAUAUCGGUCACGAUAUCAAAUUGAAAUAAUCACCCAUGUGUCGUAUAGGGAGAGGUUGAUAAAAACUGUUGUGGAAUUUAGUUCUAGACAUUUAUAACAAUUUUAUUUUCUAUUUAUUUUAAUUUUAUUUGUUUAAACCUUGUUUUUUUUUAAUGUUAAUUAUGAAAAUAUCGAUUAAAACAAUUUGUUACUUCUUUUGAUUCUAAUUCACUUAGCAAUUGCUCCAAUUGGAUUUAAAGU